CCUCCCUCUCUUCCUCCAAUAGGACACUAUGUGUAACGACCGCGUCGACGCCCGCUGCUGAGGGCGCUGCACUUGGCGUCAGAUAGCAAGAGAACUGAAGACGAGCAGCUCCCAUCUCAACAAUACUCUCGAAGAAAUGCUUGAAAACAAUCCUGUUGCUCCUGGCUGGCCCCAGGCUCCUGCUGCAAGGGCCAAAUUGUUGCCAUGGCAGCAGGAUUCUGGUGGUACCCCUUGUGCCCCUGUGUCAACAUGGCGGCGGUUCUGCAAGAGCUGCACUCUAAAGGACACAGCAUGCUUGUGUUACGCUCUGCCAAGAGCUGGUACAUCCCCGAACCCUCCCCCUACUAAACGUCUCUUAAUGUACGUGUGAUGAAUGUACGUGUCAUGACGCAAUACCUCUAUAUUAUAUUCAAGCAAUACGUCUAGAUCAUUCCUGCAUACUAUUCCUGCAUUCCUGCACUUAUCUCCUGAAGCUGACCUGCGCUCCAUGAAGCACUCCGCUGACAUCUAGAUGAUCAGGCCAUACUUUGUAUUCGAGUUCUCACUGCCUGCCAUGUCCAAUAUGGUCUAUAUAGCAGGUUUCCAGUGCAGGGAAGCCAAGCCCUCCAUGCUGAUAUGAGGCCUUUUGAUAAUUUUGAUCACUACAAGUUCAACCGCUCACAAUGAUUUUUGUUAGCUCAAAAACGAAAUUCUUAAAGAGAAGGAAAGAUGCACAGAAACUCCUAUUGGCAAUUAAGGAAGAAUGGUGGUGCCAAAAAUAUGUUAUAUGAAAUGGAUAUUUGUUUGGAGGAUAUUGCAUACGUAGUGCUCCUCAUCUAAAAAAUCAAAAACCUUUUAAAAUUCAGCCGUUGCUGUUGAGAAAGAUUAGGGUUAAUACCACAAGGCACGUAAAAAAAAUCUGUAAUGUUUUUUUCUUCUCCAUUUAUUGGUCAAACACAUAAGCGUAUGAACCGGUGUGCAUUUCAGAGCACCAAAGUCACCAAGAUGGAAAUAAUGGUGAUGAUUUUACUAGGAAGUCAGGGUGAGUUUCCAGCUAUUUUAGCCUGGAUUCUGAAUGCUACUGAGUGUUUGGGUGUGGAGGCAGCUGUGGGGCUCAUUAUUUUGGACCGACUAGCGGGACAGACUUUGAAUGCUCAGGAAAAACACAAGAACUGGGACACCAAAGUAUACUCUGUUGUUGUUGCUGCCUUAAGCGUUUGAUUACCUUUUCUUAUUGUUUUUCUCUGCCUUCUGAGCAAGGACGCAUAUUAACAUCAUUUUUUCUUUGAAGACCACGGCUUUGUGGGGAGAACAAUAGCCAUGCUUGGUCUCCACCUCAUCCUCAUAGUGAUCUUCAUUGUACAUGGGUGCAGUGGCGGAAACAUUUUAGUCGUACCUGUGGAUGGCAGCCAUUGGAUCAACAUGGAGGUAAUACUCAGAGAACUGCAAUCCAGAGGCCACCAACUCACUGUGCUGCGAUCCCCCAACAGCUGGUACAUCCCCGAGAUCUCUUCUUUCUACACCACCAUUACCGUCACAUCUCCAGAAGACCAAGGCGAAGGAUUUGAUCCUAGUUUAUUCUCCCUUCUCAUGCAGAGAUCAUUUGAACAAAACAAGAUGACACCAUUCUGGCAUUUUAUUGAGCAGCUAAAGGAUCGAGCUCAUACGAUUCACAUUUUUCACUCCGCAACUCUGCAUUUCCUCUCCACCAUAUUGAAUGACUCCAUUUUUUUAACCAGGUUGAAAAGCACCCGCUUUGAUCUGUUGUUAACGGACCCUGCCUUCCCCACAGGGGUAAUACUAGCACAAUAUCUCAAACUGCCAAUGAUCUAUAGUGUUCGUUGGAUCAAUGCUGGAGAAGCACAUGGAGAAUUAGCUCCAUCCCCUCCUUCCUAUAUUCCAGCCUACAACUCACUUUUCAGUGACAACAUGAAUUUUCUUCAGAGGACAUUUAACCUAUUACUGUACCUAGUAAGUAUCCUGAUAGAGGAGGUAUUUAUAAUGCCUGUUUACUCAGAACUGCUGCAUCGGCACUUUCCUCCUGGAGCUGACCUGCGCUCCAUGCAGCACUCAGCUGACAUCUGGUUGAUGAGGGUAGACUUUGUGUUCGAGUUCCCAAGGCCUACCAUGCCCAAUAUGGUCUAUAUAGGAGGUUUCCAGUGCAGGGAAGCCAAGCCCCUCCCUACUGAACUUGAGGCCUUCAUGCAGAGCUCUGGAGAGCAUGGAGUAGUCGUGAUGUCUCUUGGAACUUUGGUUUCCGCUCUCCCAAAGGAAAUGACAGAGGUCAUCGCUGAAGCUUUUUCCAGGCUCCCUCAGAAGGUGGUGUGGCGGUAUUUGGGCCACAGACCAUCUAACCUGGCCAACAACACCCUGCUGCUGGAAUGGCUCCCUCAAAACGACCUCCUCGGACACCCCAAGACUCGUGUUUUUGUUGCCCAUGGAGGCACCAACGGUCUGUAUGAAGCCAUCUACCAUGGAGUGCCAGUUCUCGGCCUUCCCCUCCUAUUCGACCAGUUUGAUAACCUAAUCCGUCUGAAGGGGCGUGGCGCAGCUCGAGUGGUGGACGCAUCAUCAGUCAAUGUGGAGGACUUUGUGGAGGCCUUGAGGGACAUGCUGGAGAAUCCCUCUUAUCGAGACAACAUUCAGAGACUUUCUCGACUGCACCACGACAAGCCCCUUUCCCCUUUAGACACUGCUGUUUUCUGGAUUGAGUAUGUCAUCAGGAACAAAGGAGCGGCUCACCUUCGCUCAGCAGGUUCCAGCCUGCCUUGGUAUAUCUACCAUAGCAUAGAUGUGGUGAUCUUUCUCUUGGCACUCGGCGUUGCUUUCCUCUGGGUAUUGAUCUAUGCCUGUAGGCUCUGUCACUGGAGUUACAGAACUAAGAGCAAAGUUGAGUAAAAUCGGUUCUUUCGAUUUCAUAUCGAUAUUUAAAACACCCUAAUUUACUUUAAAAUAGACAAACUCCAUUGAUUAUAUUCAGUAUACAGUUGUUUCUCACAUGAGGAAGGUUUCACUUUGAAGUAUUUAAAAGACUGGUCAUAUUGCAAAAGUUAUGUUUUUUGCAUGUUGUAAAAAAUACUUUAUAGGACCCAUUGCCUAAAAUUCCUAUUCAACAAUUAGAAUUAUGUAUGGCUUUCUCCCCAGUGGUUUUACCUUAUUUAACAUUGUCUACUGCAUCUCUGUGUUACAUAGCUUCUUAGGUUUUUGAUGAUGAAGACAAGAAUAAUCAAUGAGAGAAUUUCUUAUUUCAGCGUCAUGUUCGUGAACGUCAAUCAAUAAAAUGUGGGUCUAUCCAUCAUUAA